UCGUCUUGUACACACACCUUUAAACAACCCGUUUUCUGGUAAAUAUUCCCCCCACCCCCAACCAAAUCGUCUCCACACUCCACUGAGCUCAGCGUCCUCCGAAAAUGCUAGCUCGUAUCGUAGCCACGCGUCUCCUCGAGAUCCGUCAGUCUCUCCGCUUAACUCCUCAGGCAUCUCGAUCCUUAUCCACUGCAUUGAACUACCACAUUGAUACUGCAGAUAACAAUCCGGACCUUCCCUGGGAGUUUUCGGCCUCGAAUAAAGAAAAGGUUAAAGAAAUAGUAUCUCACUAUCCAUCCAACUACAAGCAAUCAGCAGUUAUUCCUCUGUUAGAUCUUGCGCAGCAACAGCAUGGAGGGUGGCUCCCUGUUUCAGCAAUGAAUGCAGUGGCUAAGGUUAUUGAAGUUGCUCCUAUCCGUGUGUAUGAAGUCGCAACAUUUUACUCAAUGUUCAACAGGUCUCCGGUGGGCAAAUAUCACCUAUUGGUUUGCGGCACAACACCAUGUAUGAUACGAGGUUCACGGGAAAUUGAAGAUGCAUUACUGAAACACUUGGGAGUGAAGCGCAAUGAAGUAACCAAGGAUGGCCUUUUCUCUGUUGGAGAAAUGGAAUGUAUGGGAUGUUGUGUAAAUGCUCCUAUGAUUACAGUGGCCGAUUACUCCAAUGGAUCUGAAGGAUAUACUUACAAUUAUUACGAAGAUGUUACUCCGAAACGAGUUGUUGAGAUAGUUGAGAUGCUAAGAAAGGGGGAGAAGCCACCGCAUGGCACACAAAACCCAAAACGCAUUAAGUGUGGACCAGAAGGUGGAAAUACUACUCUGCAUGGAGAACCAAAACCUCCUCCAUGUCGGGAUCUUGAUUCCUGCUAAAGCUACGGAUAUGGAGAUGCAGAUGACCAUGUUAGGUAUGAAGCGUGGAUGACCAAAAUUCGGAUAUAGAACGAUAGAUAUGAACACAUUUGUAGAAGUUGGAUAUAACGUGCAAGUGGUGGCUCGCUUCAUCCGUCGCAGUUGACCAACCCUCUUCUGGUUUGGGUCAGAGACGGAUGGAUUAUGGUCAACGAAGGAAUUGAGAACUGAACCCGACAAGCUCUGUAACCACAACUCUUUAGUUCCAACGAGGAACGAAUGCUGCUGACUUCAAUCUAUCUUGUUACCAGCCGUGGGUGCGCAUCAGAUUCACACGCAUCGAGUGCGAACACCGUGUGGCGUCGCGGGGAAAAAGACCAACAAACAUCUCAUUUGCCUAAGCAUUAUAUCAUCAUGCUACGCGGAGCUCCGCAAUCUUCUCCCACUUAAAUCGGAGUCCUCUUUAAGAAAUCUGUUUCCUGUCCUCCAAGUACACAUACGUACUUGGGAGUCGGGACAUCCUGAACGAGCAUUUUAUGAUUCCAUUAGAAGAUGCCUUCGUUGGCUCGAGGCCAGCUAGCAAAGUAGCCGGUUUAGGAACAGCAGCCUACCCAAAUCACCCUUUGGAUCUCUCUCUCUCUCUCUCUCUCAAAUGAUUCAAUCACCAUUAAUGAUUUAGGAGGAAAAGAAGUCAAAUGACCUUUUGAAACACCACGCCCGCACCCUCCCUGAACAAAGUAGCACUGCUAUCAUUUUCUGUUGGACUUGAAACACCCAGCAUAUUGAAACAACCAGACAUUAUUCAAUUCUACCUUUGCAUUCCAUUUACGCUGAAUACACUAUUACAAUAAUGAUAUAUUUAUAUAACCCGUCAGUCUUGCCUCUUUUACAAGGUCCCACAACCCACUACGAAAAAUUAGAGCCCCAUUACAAAAGCGCUUCCAUCAUUUUCCACUUCCCCACCACUGAUUCCAAAAGAAGAGCAUAUCGAGUAAGCUUUGAAAAUUCUCCUCUCACUUGGACUUGGCAGGACAACAAGGGCCUGCCUGCAUUUUUUUAGGCAUUGACAUCGAACCCCGUUUGAAAAAAAAAAGGCUGGAAAGAAAAGGCAAAAGCAAGAACUAUGGCAUCUGACUUUGAUUGCAAUUUGAAAC